AUAAGAUAAUAGUAUAUAUCGAUUUAUUUUAUCAGAUAAUCAAUUAAUAAGUAGAUGGCAAAACAUUUUUGGUCUUAUAGGCACCCACCCAUAAAUAAGAGUUGUAUUUUGUUUGGAUAUUAGAGAUGAAAAAAAAGAAAUAGGGGAAACUCGAUGAGUUCAUCCCAAAGCAUUGAAAAACACUAAACAAACACCUCUCUUUCUCUCUGGCGAACUCGAUAGAGACUACGGUUUUACACCGAUACUUAUAGUCUUCUUUCACUCUCAGGAAUCUCUACAGCGAGCAGAAGAAGGGUAAAUCGCUAAUUGAAAUCCAAUUGAAGCGAAAAUAAGGGUUGGUUUUUCUCACGGAAACCUUCAGUUUUUUUCUGCAGAUUUUAAUGAAGUAGGGAUUUCUGCAAUGCACCGUGUAGCAAGUGCAGGGAACACGUCCAAUUCGGUUCGGCCUAGGAAGGAGAAGAGGUUGACUUAUGUUUUGAAUGAUGCAGGUGACACUAAGCAUUGUGCAGGUGUAAAUUCUUUGGCUGUAUUGAAGUCACCAGCAACUGAUGGAUGUGAAUACCUAUUUACUGGGAGUAGAGAUGGCACAUUAAAGAGAUGGGCAUUGGCUGAAGAUGGUGCGACCUGCUCUGCCACAUUUGAGUCACAUGUCGAUUGGGUUAAUGAUGCAGUUCUUACAGGUAGUAACACAUUAGUAUCAUGCUCCUCAGACACCACUGUCAAGGUGUGGAAUGGCUUAUCUGAGGGAUAUUGUAUUAAGACACUCCGGCAGCACUCCGAUUACGUCACUAGCCUUGCUUCAGCAGAAAAAAAUAGCAAUGUUAUUGCAUCUGCUGGUCUUGGUGGUGAGGUUUUCAUAUGGGAUCUUGAAGCUGCACUUACUCCGACAUCUAAGUCGGGUGAUGCCACCGAAGAAGACUGUUCAAAUGGUGUCAACGGUUCAGGAAGUUCAUUGCCCAUGACAAGCAUCCGUCCUAUCUGUUCGGGCAAUAACAUUUCCUUGCAGACCCACUCUCAAGUAUAUAUUCCUGUGACUGCAAAAGGCCAUAAGGAGUCAGUAUAUGCAUUGGCAAUGAAUGAGAGUGGAUCCCUUCUUGUUUCUGGUGGUACUGAGAAGGUCGUGCGCGUUUGGGACCCAAGAACUGGUUCUAAGACCAUGAAGCUAAAAGGUCAUACAGAUAAUAUUAGGGCUCUUCUGAUAGACUCCACUGGCAGGUUCUGCAUAUCUGGAUCCUCUGAUUCCAUGAUUAGACUAUGGGAUCUAGGUCAGCAGCGUUGCGUGCAUUCUUAUGCUGUGCAUACGGAUUCUGUAUGGUCACUUGCUAGCACUCCUACAUUUAGUCAUGUUUAUAGUGGUGGAAGAGACCUAUCUUUAUACUUGACAGAUUUGGCAACAAGGGAGAGUGUAUUGAUGUGCACAAAGGAACACCCCAUUUUGCAGUUAGCAUUGCAUGAUGAUGGCAUUUGGGUGGCCACAACUGAUUCAUCUGUACAUAGGUGGGCUGCAGAAGUGCGUAAUCCCCAGAAAGUUUUCCAAAGAGGGGGCUCAUUCUUGGCUGGAAACUUGUCCUUUUCCCGGGCAAGGGUUUCUCUAGAAGGAUCUACACCUGUUCCUGUUUAUAAAGAACCAUCUCUUAGCAUUCCUGGAACUCCAGGAAUAGUGCAGCAUGAGAUUUUGAACAACAGAAGACAUGUCCUGACUAAGGAUACUGCUGGUACAGUGAAGUUGUGGGAGAUCACUAGAGGCACUGUGAUUCACAACUAUGGAGAGGUUUCAUUUGAGAAGAAGAAAGAAGAACUUUUUGAGAUGGUGAGCAUCCCUGCAUGGUUCACUGUGGACACUAAGCUUGGAAACUUGUCUGUACAUCUGGAUACACCACAAUGCUUUUCUGCUGAGAUGUACUCUGCUGAUCUCCACAUUCCAGGGAAGCCUGAAGAUGACAAGGUUAAUUUGGCACGAGAAACCCUUAAAGGGCUGUUGGCUCAUUGGUUAGCAAAAAGAAAACAGAGAUUUGGAUCUCAAGCUUUUGCCAAUGGGGAAGCCCCAGCUGGAAAGGAUGUACCUACAAGGAAUCUGACCGCGUCAAAAAUUGAAGUGGACGGUAGUGCUGACAAUGAUGCUGCAGUAUAUCCUCCCUUUGAAUUUUCAGCAGCAUGCCCUCCAUCAAUUAUUACUGAGGGUUCUCAAAGUGGUCCAUGGAGGAAAAAGAUUACCGACUUAGAUGGAACAGAAGAUGAAAAGGACAUGCCAUGGUGGGUAGUGGAUUGUGUGAUGAACAAUCGGUUGCCUCCCAGGGAAAAUACCAAAUGUAGCUUCUACUUACAUCCAUGUGAGGGUUCUACUGUUCAGAUCCUUACCCAGGGAAAGCUGAGUGCGCCUCGCAUAUUAAGAAUUCACAAAGUCGUCAACUAUGUUAUAGAAAAGAUGGUUCUUGAUAAGCCACUGGAUAGCCUAAACUCAGAUGGAGCUGCUGGAAUGUCUGGUGGACAGGUGACACACCCAUCUAAUGGAGGAGAUGGCAUAUUUCGGACUGGGCUGAAGCCUUGGCAAAAGCUUAAACCAUCCAUAGAGAUAUUGUGCAGUAACCAGGUUUUAUCCCCUGAUAUGAGCUUAGCGACUGUCCGUGCAUAUAUAUGGAAGAAACCUGAAGACCUUAUCCUCAACUACCGGGUGUUGACGAGCAAGGGAUAGGAUUCUGUCUGUCAGGUCCAGAGUAGCUGGAGGUGAUUGAGCUGCUCCUCAAAAAUAAUUGGAAGGUUUAGCAUUCAACUGGCUGCUUGCUGUUGUGUCAUGAGUAAUUGCUUCCUUGUAGAUCUGGGAUCCAGGUGGUUGGAUUAAUAAUGAAAAUUUACACAUUUGGACCAUUUUGCUGUUUGCACGUCGGAAGGUGGUGAUUAUUGAGUUUUGGUUUUUGGUGCAUUUAGAAGAAAAUAGAAAGUUUGCAUUUAUUAAAGAAAGGAUUUUUGGUUUUGAGGGGACAUGAGGCUGAAUGUUUCAAGAGAAAGAGCUCGUGAUGAUGAUGUCGGGAGCCUGUAGAUUUAUAUAUAACUCUAUAUGCAAAGGCAGGGGUUUGGAUUUCUUGAUAUAGUCUUUCAAGAAUCACACUGUUGGGCAGGUGAAUAAUAUCUCCAGAACAAAAGUUUACCUUUUCUGGUCAAACUAAUUUAUAUGUUUACUUUCUUUCUGGUAUAAUUUAAUCUGUAAAUCUUCUUUGUUAUUAGUAUUCCUCAAUUUUAGUGGGGAAAGAUUUGGUGAUAGGCCAUUUAUAACGCCAAGCAGAUUGUUAUUAUAUAGUUCUUACCGACUGUGCGAUGAUGUUGCUCCGAAUGGUGAAGUUUUGUGCUCAUGUAUCUGGAACAACUACUUUUUUUGAAUGAAAUAUUCUGGAGAUAAUGACGAAAA